CCCGCAGCAGCAGCACCAGGACGCCGCGGGCCCCGCCUCUCUGCCCGCGGCGGCGCAGGAGCGCUCGAAGAGCCCGCAGGAGCGUCCGCGACGACGCCGUCUUCGCCGCCGUGCUGGGCGGCGCCGCGCCCGCCGCCGCCUCCGCGGCGGCGCGGGAGCGCUCCAAGAGCCCCGCGCAGCUGCACGACGACGUCGUCCUCGCCGCGAGGCUGGACGGCGGCCUCGGCGGCAGGGGCGCCGCGGCGCCCGCCCCGCGGGCCGGGUCCGCGCGGUCGCGGUCGAAGAGCCCGCAGCAGCAGCAGUGGGCCGACGACGCCAGCCUAGCAGCGGCGUUAGACGGCCGCACGGGCGGGGCGCCGGCCUCAGGCGGCGACGAAGUGGCGCUGGCGCGGCAGCUCGAGCUUCAGACGUGGCUGCCCCAGGCCGCCGAGCGCGUGGACGAGGAGUCCGAGGACGUGCUGCGGAGGUACGACCAGUCUCUGCAGCAGAUGCUCCAGCCGCAGGCCGCCGGAGGCGAGGCCGCCAGGCCCGCGGCCGCGCUGCAGGCGCCGCCGCGGCUGCCCGCGCCGACGCGGCGCCUGCGCCGGCCGCCGGUCGUGCACCUGCCCGCGCGCGAGCUGCAGCCCGGCUCGCUGAGCUACUUUGCCGCCAUGCGGCGGCGCGUGGAGAGCGGCCCUUCGUCGAACGACGCGAAGAUCGGGUUCCUGGUGAACGGCCGGGGUGAGCGCGGCAGGGCCCCGCUGCACCACGCCGCGUUCGCCGGGGACGCGGAGGUGGCGGACGUGCUGCUCCAGGCCGGGGCCGACCCGCUGGUACGGGACGACGACGGCCGCACCCCGCUGCACGUGGCAGCCUCCAGGGGCUCCGUCCAGGUCGCGCGCCUGCUGGUCGGCUACUGCGUCUACGGGCUGCGGGCGGCCUGCCUCGCCGGGUUCCGGGCCGUCAGGUUCCGCGGCGACCUCGGCGAGGAUGCGGGCGACCACCAGGGGCGCUGCUGUGCCGGGGGCGGGUUGCAGACCACAUCCCUGGCAAACCACACCCUGCGGAGUCGCCGAGAGGAGGAGGGCGCCGAGUUUGAGACAGAGGCUGCGCGCGACGCGCUGGCGGGCUACCUGCGCCAGCUCGAGGACCAGCGGGUGAAUGUCCUGCUCGCGGAGGACGCCUGGGACUUCACGCCCGUCCACUACGCGCUGCACGACGCCUACCACGGCUGCCUCUCGAUCCUCCAGCUGCUGCUUGGCAGCCUCUACGAGUUCGGCGACACCGGCAGGACCGACGGGGUGAUGUCGGAUCCGCGCUUCCAGCCGGGCUGCAACGGGGGCUUCACGCUGGUGUCCAUGCUGUCUGCCUGCAUGCCGAAGCACCAGGUGGAGGAGAUCCACCGGGAGCACCGGCGCCGGUCGCAGGACCUGAGGAACCAGCUCGUGAACCAGCCCGACCCGUACGGCAUGACCCCCCUGCACCUCGCCGCCCUCGAGGGGAACUACCGCGCAGUCCCCGUCCUCCUUGCGAGCGGGGCAGACGCCGCGGCGAAGGUGCAGAUCUCCAUCCCAGGGCCAGAGUUUCCGGAGGAGGUCUGCGAGUACACCGCCUUCGACCUCUCCGCCGACUCCGCCACGCGCCAGGCGCUGCACUCGCUGCACGGGCGCGCCGGCAGGGCGGUGCCCGUCGAGGUGCAGGCGCGGUCCCUGCUGGCGCUGGUGGCGGGCAACUGCGAGAGCGUCAACCGCGAGCACGGGCACAGUGCCGCCGCACUGUGGGACACGUACUGGAGAGUCUUCGACUCCAUCACCCAGGCUACGGACAGAGUUGCUGCAGUCUGGGCAUGUGCCUCCACACAGCGUGGGUGGCUGAGCGCGUGGGCCCUGGCGCACCAGGUUGCCGGCGUUCCCUGGCAAGGCGAUCAGGACGUCAUCUUGCGCGGGAUUCGCUUGGGCACGGCCAAAAGCCGGGCCCCCCGGCUACCCCGGCACCGCGUAGAUCGACUGCUGUUGCGGCGGCUGCUCCGCUUUGCGCUGUCGCGCCAACGUAAGCGGUGGUGCGUCAUUGCAGCGCUUGCCUAUAAUUUCCUGUUGCGGAUGCCAUCCGAGCUGUUUGCGCAGUGCACGCGCGCUCGCGUGCAGGUACAAGGCGGUCGGUUCGUGUACGGGCCGACUCGCCGGAAGCAGCGGGUCGACUUGUGCGCUGUUUUCGCCUCUUGUAUAUGCGGAGUCGAUGAAGGCAUCUGCCUGCGCACGUGGCUACCCGUUCGGGAUGAACUCCUCAGGUUCGGGGGCCGCCCGCUUGGCGGUUACACCCCUGAGACAUGGACAGCCGAGCUCCGUAGUCAUUUGCGGGCGGUCGGGGUCGCUAACCCCGAAGAGUGGUUUGGCCACGACGUCCGGCGAGGCGCGGCUGCGGACGUUUUCGCCGCUUCGGGCGUGGAAACCAUGCUCGCAAGAGGUGGUUGGCGGUCGGUGGCUUCAGCCCGGCCGUACGUGUCGGGCGACGAGGUGGCCGCUGGCCUGCUGGCGCAGGGCGUCGUCGACAAUUCUGCGCCGGUGCUGGAGCAGUUGCUGCGGGAUCGCCCCGAGUGCGAUCCGCUGGUGGCCGACGCGGACGGCUGGACGCCGCUGCACUACGCUUGCGCGCACGGGCGCGCGCCCGAGCUCCUGCUGCUGGUGGAGCGGGCCCAGCGCCUGCACGGCAUGGGUGGCCCCAUUCUCACGCCAUGCACGCGCGAGCCCAGCAUGUAG